AUGCUGAUAAUAAUCCAUCCAAAUAGUAAUAAUAUUAAUAUUAUAGAAGAUUUCAAUUCUCAAUUUGAAUUAGCAGAAUGGACUUCUGAAGAUGAUAGUUUAUUAAAAAUUGGUGUAAAAAAUUUUGGUUAUGAAAAUUGGGAAAAGAUAGCUUCUACAAUUCCCGGUCGUAAUGAGUAUCAGUGUAAAAAAAGAUUUGACUAUAUUCUUAGCUCGAGCCAUUUCAUAAAUGAUCAUGAUGAUGUUGUUAAUAGAUUUAAUGUAAAAAACAUAUUAGCGGAGCAUCACCCUACCUUUUUUAAUGCUGAUCUAGGAGGAUUAACUGAUAAAAUGUCACAGUCUCAACUUGAUCAUGACGACUCUACUACAUCUUCUACAGAACGACAACAGCAACAUUUAAAUAUUUCUUUAGAUUGGAAUAAAACUGUUGAUACUGCUUUACUUCAUUCUGUAGCAAUACAGGCACAAAAUGUCGAAAAAGAAUUAUUACCAUUCCCAACAAUCUCAACUCAUACAAACCCUUCAUUGCCCAAUUCUCCCAACAUAUUUAAUUCAUCUGAUCGACCAUACAAGUGUUCAACUUGUGAGUUGGCAUUUGCAAGAAAUCAUGAUCUAAAACGACAUCAAAAAAUUCAUGAAAAAAUUGGAUGCCCUCAGACGCCAUAG